AUUUGUGGCGACGUGGCCACGCCCCGCGGAGAGAGAAGCGGUAGCGGCGAUGGCCCGAAACGAGAAGCGGAAGCGGGAGCGGGAGCGGGCCCUGUCAAACCCUCCAAACCCUACCCUUCCCAUCUCCAGGCGCCUCCGCCGCCCCCUCCCCCUCGCUCCGGCGACCCCCGCGGCGGCGGAGGGGGUCGGCGGCGGCGGCGCCUCCUCCUCCUCCGCCGGCGCGCCGUCGGCCGCCGCCGCCUCCUCCUCCGCCGGCGCGCCGUCGGUGGUGAUCGUCACGGGGAUCCCCGGCGACUGCACGGUGCUGGAGCUCAAGUCCCGCCUCGAGAUCUACGGGCCCGUCGCCCGCACCCGCGUCGACGCCGCCGAUGGCGUGGGGUACGUCACCUUCCGCUCCGCCGCCGCCGCCGACGCCGCCGUCGCCGCCUCCCUCGACCCCGCCCGCGGCGUCGCCAUCCGAUCCAAGAAGGUGUUUGUGGUGCGGGCAAGCGAUCCUUUGCAACAAUGGAAAACCGGAGUUGGGGCGUCUCCUUCCCUGUCGAAGCUUCUUCGGCGAGAAACGCCAUUGAGCAAGCACGGACGGAGUAAUAAGAAACUGAAUCCAAACACGACUAUUCCAAGCGAGCAAAGGGAGCCGGACUUGUCUUUCAAAGGAAGGGAAAUAGUUGCAUAUGAUGAUCUCUUUUAAGUUUGAACUCUCUCUUGUUUAUCAGGACUCCCUUUGGUUGCUGCAUGGCCUUGUGUUAUGUUUCUUAGCUCUAGGUAUUGUCAACCAAAUUUUUGGUGUAGUAUUUUCAUGUGUUUUUUAUGUCCUUUAGAUGUGUUAAGUAGAGAUGUUGCUUGGAUACUGUUGCUGUAAAAGUAAUUAAUAUAUGUGGUUAAAAUGGUUGGUUAAUUAAAUGCUUUUAGUAAA